AUGUACUUCUUCCUCCUCAACCUGUCCAUCCUCGAUCUUGGCUGCAUCUCCACCACUCUCCCCAAAGCCAUGGCCAACACCCUCUGGGACAUCAGGGCCAUCUCCUACGCAGGAUGUGCUGCACAGCUCUUUUUCUUUCUCCUCUUUGCCUCAGCAGAGUAUUCCCUUCUCUCUGUCAUGUCUUAUGACCGCUACGUUGCCAUCUGCAAGCCCCUACACUACGGGACCUUGAUGGACAGCAGAGCUUGUUCCACCAUGGCAGCAGCUGCCUGGGGCGCUGGGGUUCUCUAUUCCCUGCUGCAUACUGCCAGAACAUUUUCACUGCCUCUCUGCCAUGGGAAUGUUGUCAACCAGUUUUUCUGUGAAGUCCCCCAGAUCCGCAUGCUCUCCUGCUCAGCCUCAUACCUCAGGGAAGUUGUGUUUCUCAUUUUUAGUCUAAGUUUAGCCUUUGGGUGCUUUGUUUUUAUAGUUGUGUUCUAUGUGCAGAUCUUCCUUGCUGUGCUGAGGAUGCCCUCUGAGCAGGGACGGCACAAAGUCUUCUCCACAUGCCUCCCUCACCUGGCUGUGGUCUUCCUCUUUCUUAGCACUGCUUCUUUUGCCCACCUGAAGCCAUUCUCCAUUUCCUCCCCACUCCUGGAUCUGACAGUGGCACUUCUGUACUCAGUGGUUCCUGCAACACUGAACCCUAUUAUCUACAGCCUGAGGAACAGGGAGAUCAAGCAGGCUCUCAGGAAGAUGUUGCAAUACGCACUAUUCCAGCUUACAUAAAUUGCACAUCUUCAUCACACAAUUCACUGUGAUGGUUCUUUAUGUUUUAUUCUUGUUUGUAUUUUUUAUUUUGUUUAAUACUCUAAUCUGCAAAUACGUUGCAAUUUAUUUCACUACUUCUUUCCUACCUGCUUUCCAUUUUAUUAUACCAAGAGCUUGUGAAAACAUGGAACCAGAUUG